GUUUUGACAGUGGUGCUAGCGAUUAGCACACGGAUUUCUAUGAUCGUGAUUUGUAUGACCCAAUAAAUGUUACAGAGCAAUUAAAUAAAUAAAAAAGUGGAACCUCACAUUUCAAGAAGAUGCAGGAUGACGCGCGCUACCUCAAACGCAAAGUGACUGCGGGGAGCUUGGACGUCCACCCCACAGAGAAGGCCCUGGUGGUCCACUAUGAGGUGGAAGCGUCAAUACUGGCAGAGGGAGGAGGUCAUAUGCUGGGUGAACGGAAGGAGGGACAGAAAAUUAUCCGAGUGAAGAGUCUGUCUCCUAGUACAGAUGUGGGGGCUUUGGCAAAGAAAGUAGUGGAGGAGUGUAAACUCAUCCCUGCUUCCCGUCUGCCCCAGGUGGAGCAGCUCCUCUACUACCUGCAGAACAGGAAAUCAUCUCCUGUGGAGGGCAAGAUGGAAAAGAAAGAGAAAAGGCCUGUGAAACCUAGAGAGCUGACACCGUUUGAAGGAAUGGAGCUAAAUGAGGAAGCCAGUAUAACUAGGGUUGAAGAGUACAUCGAGCUGCUGUAUGAAGGAAUCCCAGAGAAGAUCCGAGGCUCUGCUCUCAUCCUGCAGCUCGCCCGCAACCCCGACAACCUGGAGGAGCUGCUUCACAACGAGGCAGCCCUGGGAGCUCUGGCCAGAGUGUUAAGAGAGGACUGGAAGCAGAGUGUAGAGCUGGCUACCAUCAUCAUCUACAUCUUCUUCUGCUUCUCCAGUUUCUCCCAGUUCCACGGGGUGGUGAGUCAUUAUAAGAUUGGCGCGCUGUGUAUGAGUGUGGUUGAGCACGAGCUGAAGAGACACGAUGUAUGGUGCGAGGAGCUGCGCAAGAAGAACAAGGCUUGCGAGUCAGCCCCAGAGAACGGCUCUCUCAGAAGAGACCAGGACAAAGCUGUGAGGAAAUACCACGGCCUUCUGUCCAAACAGGAGCAGCUGCUCCGAGUGUCUCUUUACCUGCUGUUGAACCUUGCUGAGGACACGAGGACGGAGCUGAAGAUGAGGAAUAAAAACAUUGUCGGUAUGCUCGUCAAAGUUCUGGAACGGGAUGACGAGGAGCUGCUGGUCCUGGUGGUUUCAUUCCUCAAAAAACUGUCCAUCUUCCUGGAGAACAAGAACGACAUGGCUGAGGUGGAUACCGUAGAACGAUUGGCUCAUCUGGUUCCCUGUGACCAUGACGACCUGUUGAACCUGACCCUGCGUCUGCUGCUCAACCUCUCCUUUGACUCUGGACUCAGAGCCAAGAUGGUGGAAGUUGGACUUUUACCAAAGCUGACUACCUUGUUGGCUGAUGAGAACAGCCGACAGGUAGCCAUGCGUAUCCUGUACCACAUCAGCAUCGACGACCGCUUCAAGGGCAUGUUCGUUUACACUGACUGCAUCCCUCAGCUAAUGCAAAUGCUGUAUGAGCACGGGGAGGAGGACACUGAAGCCGAGCUCCUCUCCAUCUGCAUCAACCUGGCUGCAAACAAGAGGAACGCACAGCUCAUUUGUGAAGGAAGUGGGUUGAAGAUGCUGAUGAAGAGAGCUCUGAAGAUGAAGGACUGCCUCCUGAUGAAGAUGAUCAGAAACGUCUCCCAACAUGACGGAGCCACCAAACCUCUGUUCAUAGACUAUGUUGGUGACCUGGCAGCGGAGAUCCGGGCGGAGGAAGAGGAGGAGUGGGUUCUGGAGUGUUUGGGGACCCUGGCUAAUCUCACAAUCCCUGACCUGGACUGGGAGUUGGUGCUGAAGGAGUACAACCUGGUCCCCUACCUCAAAGACCGCCUCAAACCAGGCUCAGCAGAGGAUGACCUCAUCCUGGAGGUGGUGAUAAUGAUCGGAACAGUUUCCAUGGACGAUGCCUGUGCCGCCAUGUUGGCUAAAUCUGGCAUAAUCCCCGCACUGAUCGAGCUGCUCAAUGCCCAGCAGGAGGAUGAUGAGUUUGUGUGUCAGAUUGUCUACGUCUUCUAUCAGAUGGUGUUUCACCAAGCUACCCGUGAUGUCAUCAUCAAAGACACCCAGGCUCCAGCCUACCUGAUCGACCUGAUGCACGACAAGAACGCUGAGAUCAGGAAAGUGUGUGACAACACCCUGGAUAUCAUCGCUGAGUACGAUGAGGAGUGGGGCAGAAAAAUUCAGUCAGAGAAGUUCCGUUUCCAUAACAACCAGUGGUUAGAGAUGGUCGAGAGUCGCCAAGCUGACGAGUCUGAACUAUACCUGUAUGAUAACGAAAACGACAGGACGGAUCUGUUCUACAGCGCAGAUGGAAUAACUCCAGCUGACGGUUCAGUCAGCCCAGACUUCUUCAAUGACCUACAGCCUCAGAAUGGAGACAUGCUCCAUACAGGAGAUGGCAGCGAUGUCUUCGACCAGACCAGCUCCUCUCCUGGACGUCCAGCUACUGCGUACGGCUUCAGACCCGAUGAACAACCCUUCUAUCAGUACUCAUAGAUAGACAGACACACACACACACACACACACACACACACACACACACACACACACACACACACACACACACACACACACACACACACACACAGGACGUCCUGUCACCCCCCACACACCCCCUGCAUGUCCACUCUCACAUCUUUAGAUUGAAGUUCCCUGCUAGAGUCCCUCAGUACUGAAGGCCUCAUGUGGGGAUAGCUCCUGAAACAUGGAUCAUAGUCACCUUUUCAUCCACUCAGCAUUAUGAACGUAUAGGAAGUCUUCCUUACUUACUGAGUACAGCUCUCUUCCAGUGUCUUCCCCAGGGCUCAGCAGAUCAUUGAAAGAACACUUAGAGGGAAACUCCAGUACAUUUCAACCUGGACCUGUGAUCCUGCCAGGCACAUCUGGCUCAGAUAGUUUCUAUAAGUGUGUGACAACAUUUUGGAACAUGUCCAGGUUGAAAAAUAUUUAGCUAUCCUUUCUAAUUUUCUAAAGAUCUUAAUAUGUUUUUGCAUAUUCUCUCAUGCAGUAAUUAUAUUUGUUGCCUCUUCAAAUCCCUUAAAAACAGUCAAAGGUUACAUUCCAUUACUGAACCGUUUCAGAUCCAGUUACACCCACUACACUGUGUUAUUAACAUGCACUAUGAUGUACAUAGCUUUGUUUUGUCACUGUAAAAAUAACUUAGGGUUCUUUUUCACUGGCAAACCAAACUUAUCUUCAGCCCCCUCGGUAUACUUUAAUCUCCAUUUCCCCCAAUCAUGUUAAAACAAGCUUAAACAACAGUGGUCAGCAACUGUACUUUGAUGAGAUUGAUUUCAAAGAUGUUCUGAGCAGCAGGCUAAGGACAAAAAAUUACUUAAUUAAUCCUCUAUUAAUUCAUUCAUUUUCGCGCUAAGUUUAGGGUGAACAUGAGCACCUCUUGUGGCAGCAAUGUGACGUAUAUGUUAGCCAUGUCAAACGAUAACAGUAUUACAUACAUUACAUACACAUAACAUGUAUUAUUAGAAAACCCUGUCACUGCAGACACAAUGUGUGAUAAAACAUUUGUAUUGACCUGAUACCAUAAGCCCCUUAUCCUGUCUGCUCCCCAUAAACAACAUUGAGGAGGUUUACGUGCAGGAAGUGCCGAGUCCUUUAGUCUCUGCCAGCACAUGUAGCAGCUGGCACAGUACUGGGCUCUGCUUUCCCGGUCAGUGUUACUCUUAGUUAGUACAGGAGGAAAGAAAACAAGCCCAUUUGAAUAACGGGCUUUAAAGGCACGAUGGGUAGGAUAUGUUGGUUGCGCAGAAACAUUGGAAUAGGCCCCUCCUCUCCCAGCUGUAUGGGGCCCAGCACAUGUAGCUUCCUCUGUGAUGCCUGCCUAUGAUCUGGCCCCUGGUCGCUACGCUUUUAUAGAAGCUAACGCCUAAAAACAUCCCUAACAAAGCAUUAUGGAAGAAAGGGUAUGUAUUAGACUAUCCAGUAAGGACAGUCCUACUCAUUUCGCCCUUUAAGUCUAUUGGAUAGUAUCAGAGGAGCCUCAGGUUUUCCAUUGGUCAAUCAAAAACAUGUCCACAAUCCUCAGAGGCCCAGAUCUAGCUCACCUAAACACAAUGAAAGCAUUUAAAUUAUUUAUUCAUUAUCCUCCCUGACAAGUCAGAAUUAUAAAUGCACCUUGAACUGUGGCUGGAAAUGUACAUUUAGUUCCCUUGAGCAUGGCACACAUGGAACAGAGCCUAUCUGAGUGUGAAUCAGAGCAUACACACACUUUGAAAAACUUUAUCGUGUCAUUGACGGACCCACAUCUGAGAGGAGGCUCAAUAGAGGCAUAUUUGCACAUAUAGUUUAUUGUUGAUGCAAGGUUAUAUUUUAUGUUUUUAUUAAGUUAUUAGUAUUUGUAUAUAAUUGUGUUUUUUAUAAUUGAUCUUGCUACCUAACAACAUUGUAAACAUGAACUAUUGUUGGACUAUAAGAAUUCUCUGUCUCUCUGUCUGUCCUGCUCAGGUUCUUUAAUAAAAAUAAUUCCCACAUGCA